AAAGAAAGUUAAAAUCUCGUAUUAACUUCGAGGUUCGUGAGGUUCGAUUGAUGUGUAAAACAAAAAUUGCCUAAUACGAUCAGCAUAAUUUUUGAAUGUGAAACAUAUAAUAAAAACCAUUUAGUGAAAAUCUUGUAUAAUUAUAUGAUAAUUGGGAAUAAAGUGUCAAUAAAUUUUUUUUUUGAUAUAUAACCAUAAAUAGUGUAUUUUCAAAUUUUGUGGAAAUGAAAGAUUCAAUGACAAUUAUAACUUCGCCUACAGUUGCUAGUGAUCAAAAACAAAAAAUGUCGAAUUUAAAACCAAAUCGUUCGCGUUUUAUGAUCAACGAUAUUUUAGCUGGUAGUGCCGCCGCUGCCGCAGCAGUAGAGGCGGCAAAUGCUGCGAGCGUACACGCAGCAGCAGCUGCUGCAUUCUACAAACAUCAACAACAAAAUAUGAACAAUAACAAUCUUAGUGGGAAUGAAAACAGUCAAUCUUCUUAUAAUCAGUGCUCACAGCCACCACUUGAGUCUACAACGAAUGUUCAACAGCCUCACCCACCAUCAAUUCCACUAACUCUACAUCAACACCCCGCCCACCUCCAUCAAUCGCAACUUCAUCACACGCGUAUGGCACCGCUUACCAUAAUGCCACUUCACACACAACCCUCAGUUAAUGCUGCGGCGGCUGCCGCAGUUGCAGGGCAUAAAGGUCACUUUCCCGUCGGCGCGACACAAAUUGGCUCAAACGGUAUAAAUGUGGCCCAGUAUGCAGCUGCAGUACAGCAACAUUAUGCAAAUGCUUCAGCCGUGCGGGAAUUCGACAACAAUAGUGACUACCAGGAUAAUGAUGAUUGUGACAGUGAGACCGGAAGUGGCGGCCACUUGGAUGACAACAGUGUUUGUAGUAAUGGUGCUAAAGAUGAUGAUGGUAAUAGCAUUAAAAGUGGAUCUACUAAUGACAUUCAUGGGUUAAGUAAAAAACAACGUAAAGCGCGUACCGCUUUUACAGAUCACCAGUUGCAAACUCUAGAAAAAUCUUUCGAAAGACAAAAGUAUUUGAGUGUUCAAGAGAGACAAGAGCUUGCUCAUAAGCUUGACUUAAGCGAUUGUCAAGUCAAAACCUGGUAUCAAAAUCGUCGAACAAAAUGGAAACGACAAACUGCGGUAGGAUUGGAGCUAUUGGCAGAGGCUGGAAACUUUGCAGCUUUUCAAAGACUUUAUGGUGGGACACCUUAUUUGGGUGCCUGGCCGUACACAGGACCGCAGCCACCUCAUAGCGGUCCUGCUCCUUCCAGUAUUGAUUUAUAUUACCGUCAAGCUGCAGCAGCUGCCGCUAUGCAAAAGCCGCUUCCGUACAACUUGUAUCCAGGAGUACCUAAUGUGGGACCACUUGUGGGCUUACCAGUAUCUGCUACGUCACCAUUCUCUCACCUCUCCGCUUCCAAUUCACUCUCAUCUUUAAGUAGUUACUAUCAAAGCGCCUCCGUAGCAGCGGUAGCUGCCGCAACAGGUUCAAUUUCGACGAAAAACUCUAAGCCCGUCGCAUCACCACCCUUACCACCAAUAGUAACUACAGCAGCACAGGUGACCCAUAUCAAUGCCAUGACUGAGCAUUGUCUUGCGCCAUUAUCUUCUAUAGAACAGUCUCCCACAAGACAUAUUGUUUUAUCGCGUUCCCCCAGCCCUACUCUCAAUCCAGGAAGCCCACCAGGCAGAUCACGUGACAGCUCUCAAAUCCAGUCUGAGGACGAAGAUCAAAUUCAGGUGUGAGUUUGAUAGUAUCUUAAGAUAUAAUGUGUGAAAUUUUACUCAAUAAGUUACUUUAGGCAAUUUUUGUUAGCUUAUAUGAAUUAUGUGUGUAUGUGAAAGAUUGUCGGCUUAUUCAUACGCAAACUACUUACGUAUGUAACUCAAUAUUUAAGUACUCUUUUUAAGUGUUAAUCAUAAGACUUUUUUAUGCAAUUCUAGUAAAUGUUGUGUAAAUUUGUAAAUGUACCU